CUAGAGCAGAAGUACUGAUAGUCGCCUCCGUCUGGGUACCAGCCCCCUAUCACACUGCAGGCGUGUGAGGGAAGAAGGAAAGUAGCCCCGGACCGUGCAGAUCGGUCUGUAGAUCUGUUGGCCAGUAGGUCGCCGGGAAAAGUCGCGGCGAGCGAAGGACCAAAGUGCCUUGGGACCGUGCAGGUCGGUGUGAAGUUCCCCAAAGGCGGCUGUCUUUCCAUUUGUCCUUCUGCCAGACUGUCUGUCCGUCAAUCACUGUGGAAGGCGCACUGACCACGGAAGACAAGAGAAGGAGCAGGAAUUUACCUGACUUUGAUUCAUCACAAGAGAGCCUCAGGAGCCUGGAAUAGGCUGAAGACGUCUCCCCUCCACCAUCAUUCAGGUGGAGCCUUAAGAACACUCUUCAUUCAGGUGGAGCCUUAAGAACACUCUUCAUUCAGGUGGAGCAAGGCCCUCUCCUGUCCUGCCCCCAGGCUGGCACUGACCUGAGCAUGGGCCGGGCUCGGGAGGUGGGUUGGAUGGCGGCAGGACUGAUGAUUGGGGCAGGUGCCUGCUACUGCGUUUACAAACUAACCAUAGGAAGAGAUGACGGUGAGAAGUUGGAGGAGGAGGAAGAGGAAUGGGAUGAUGAACAGGAGCUUGAUGAGGAGGAGCCCGAGAUUUGGUUUGAUUUCACAACUAUGGCUCGGCCCUGGAGUGAGGAUGGGGAUUGGACUGAACCUGGGGCCCCUGGUGGCACCGAGGACAGGCCUUCAGGUGGGGGCAAGGCAAACCGAACACAUCCUGUAAAACAGCGCCCAUUCCCUUAUGAACGGAAAAAUACUUGGAGUGCUCAAAGCUUUAAAAAUUUCAGUUGUGUUCUUGGCCUCUCCAAGUGCCCUUUCAUUCAGGGAAAAGUGUUGUUAGCUCAGCCCCGGGACACUGGUUUUUCAUUUAGCCACGAUAUCAAUAGUCAUUUGGCCAGCCUCUCCAUUGCUGGAAACACGAUCCCUAUUCCCGACCCUGCUGUUGAGGCUUUCUGUGCCCCGGAUAACUUGAAAGCCAGUGUUGAAAAUCAGGGCCAGCUUAAGAUGUACAUCAACGAAGUGUGUCGGGAGACUGUGUCACUUUGCUGCAACUCAUUUCUGCAGCAGGCCGGAUUAAAUUUGUUAAUAAUCAUGACAGUUAUUAAUAACAUGCUUGCCAAGUCCGUUUCAGACUUGAAGUUUCCUUUGAUACCAGAGGGAAGUGAAUGUGCUGAGGGGCACGUUGUGAAACCCUUGAUGGGUUUGUCUGAAAAGCCAGUCUUGGCGGGGGAGUUGCUGGGAGCCCAAAUGUUGCUCUCCUUCCUGUCCCUCUUUAUCAGGAACGCAAACAGACAGCUUCUCCCAGCAAUCCCGGCCUCUUAAACGGCCCCCUCCAACAGGAUGGGACUGAUCCACCCCGAACCAAAACCCGAUCAGUGAACACACACUUGUGUUCUCAAUCAAAGACUCUGCAGUGGGUGCUAUUGAAGAUCCAGCCUUAGCCAAUAGCCAUAUCUCUGGGUGAAAGUUACACUUGCUAAAUCCAGGGCCACUCUCUUGUUGGCCAGGCGGGGGUUCCCACGGAGCUUUGAGUAACCUCUUGGUUUUGCAGUCUGCAGGCAGUGCGCGUUGUAAAUUGCUCCCUUGCAGCCUUCUUCCUGUGGUAAAGGGAUCAUUUCAGCUGUGUGGUGAAAGAACACCAUUUUCUAGCCCGACAAGGGAUGCCUUGCCUGUGGUGGUCUCCCUGUCUAAGCUGGACCGUCUUGUGGAGACCAGACCCACAUGGGAGCUUGUGCCGAAAAUGCAUCGGUUGCUGCGUAGGUUGAAUUCUUUUUCAUUUACUCUCUUUUCUUCACGAGCCUAUGGAUGGUAAACCUAUUCAGCAAAAAAUGUACACUCCCCUUCUAUGAGCUAUACUGACUCAGCCUCGUCCACCAAGUCUGCAUUUUUAUGUAUCACCAAUAAAGCUGUGCGCUUUAACUGG